UGAAUAUUAGGCCAGAUGUGGAAACCUCGCGUUAAUGGCGCAAUGUAGAUAUGUCUGAUUUGAUUUUCUUUUCUUUUUUAAAUGAUGUCAUCUGCAAACUUUUUUUGUGACACCCAAUGAUAUUAACAGUGUCAAAACUAUGGAGAAAAUCAGACAAGUCCCAUAAAUCAGACAAGAAUGUCACCUCUGAAACAAAUACAUCUUUGUCUUUCCGUCAACAUCCUCUUCGCCCUCAGUGAUCAGUGAGCACAGCACAAUGUUCGUAAAGCCGCCGUAGCCGUCGGCCUGCUCCUCUGUGACAGUUUGCACCUUUUGUUGUUGAUAAUCUGCGGCAUCUUUCCAAAACAGACCUCACUAAUGACCUUACAUCAUCAUGACCGCCAACCUCAAUCGGCUCCCUCAGCAGAAAGUGGGCUCUGAGCACGAGGCAGAGACUCCACGAUGAGCGAGUCGCCACGGCGCUUUCAGGUCAUCUCCGCCGAGCCCGCCGCAACACCCCAGCGCAUACAGAUUGUAACUGACCAGCAGACGGGUCAGGAGAUCCAGGUAGUGACGGCCAUGAAGCCGUCCAGCGCUCCCAAGCAGCAGUUCAUUCUGACCAGGGCUGACAGCUCGGGGGCAGGCAAGGUCAUCCUGGCCUCACCGGACAGCCACCACACCAAGCAGCUCCUCUUCACCGCGACAGACAGCCUGAUGCCAGGAAGGAUACAGAUCGUCACAGAUCCGGUGUCGAUGGAGCGGCUGUUGGGGCAGUCGGCGGACCUGAACCGGCCUCAGCCGGUGGAGUACUGCGUGGUGUGCGGGGACAAGGCCUCAGGCCGUCACUACGGAGCGGUCAGCUGCGAGGGAUGUAAAGGCUUCUUCAAGCGGAGCGUGAGGAAGCACCUGACGUACAGCUGCCGCAGUAAACAAGACUGCAUCAUCAACAAACACCACCGCAACCGCUGCCAGUUCUGUCGGUUGAAGAAAUGCCUUAACAUGGGGAUGAAGACCGACUCUGUCCAGAGUGAGAGAAAGCCCAUCGACGUGGCGCCCAGAGAGAGGCACACCAACUGCGCCGCCUCCACCCAAAAGAUCUACAUCCGCAAGGACCUGAACAGCCCGCUCAUCGCCACGCCGACCUUCGUCUCGGACACGGAGACGGACGGCUCCAGGUCCAGCCUGCUGGACCAGGGAAUGCUGGUUAACAUCCAGCAGCCGGUCAUCCAGAGCGAUGGGACGUUGCUGCUGGCCACCGACUCGAAGAUGGACCAUAACCAGGGGGACUUGGGGACACUCGCCAACGUGGUGACGUCACUGGCCAACCUGAGCGACUCGCUAAGAGAGAAUCUAAUCAACGGGGACACCUCGGACAGCCAGCACGAGGAGCAGUCUGCCAGCGAGAUAACACGUGCCUUCGACACUCUGGCCAAAGUCUUCAACCCGCCGGAAGUGGGUGUCGGACAGAGUCCAGCAGAGAAGCCGCAGUGUGUCAGCGGAACAACCAUCCAGCUGAUUGGUCGAGACCAGGAGACCCCCAUCAUUGAGGUGGAGGGGCCGCUGCUCACAGACAGCCAUGUCGGCUUUAGGCUGACCAUGCCCAGCCCCAUGCCCGAGUAUCUGAAUGUACACUACAUCUGUGAGUCGGCCUCCAGGCUCCUCUUCCUCUCCAUGCACUGGGCACGCUCCAUCCCGGCCUUCUCCGCUCUCGGUCAGGAGGCGGACACCAGUUUGGUGCGAGCCUGCUGGAAUGAGCUGUUCACUCUGGGCCUCGCUCAGUGCGCUCACGAGAUGAACCUGUCCACCAUCCUCGCUGCCAUCAUCAACCACCUCCAGAGCAGCAUCCAGGAAGACAAGGUUUCGAGGGACAGGGUGAAGCAGGUGAUGGAGCACAUAUGGAAGUUCCAGGAGUUCUGCAACAGCAUGACGAGGCUGGAAACUGACCGCUACGAGUACGCCUACCUGAAAGCAAUAGUGCUGUUCAGCCCGGAUCAUCCAGGUGUGGACAGCAGCGGGCAGAUUGAGAAGUUCCAGGAGAAAGCCUUGAUGGAGCUGCAGGACUACGUGCAGAAAAGCUACCCAGACGACACCUACAGGUUGACCCGCAUCCUGACUCGUCUCCCCGCCCUGCGCCUCAUGAACUCGGCCAUCACGGAGGAGCUCUUCUUCACCGGCUUGAUUGGUAACGUCUCCAUCGACAGCAUCAUUCCUUACAUCCUCAAGAUGGAGACGGCCGAGUACAACAGCCAGGACUGCGACCCCGCCGAGUGACGUCACUCCGGCUUCAGGUGCUCUUUCUCCGUCUCCUCGUCUCUCGUGGAGGGGGGUUUCACUGGCGAACAGCGGAGCGGAAUCCCGCAGCGGCCCCUUGGUUUCUUUUAACGAUGCACGGUGCAAAGCCAUUCAGGAAUCCUCUGCAGAUUAAGAUUAUCUGGGACUGAGACGCCGGCAGGACAGUUGGAAUGUUCUCUGGAGCUGAGGCGCUGCGGUCCUCUUGGAUUUGUGUCCGCGGACUGAGUGGAGAAGACUGGAGAGAAGGAGAGAAGAGUGGAGAAGACAACAAUGUCUUGAGGGCACUUCAAACUAAUUACGUAUCAAACGAAAUAAGCCUUUUUAAUUGUUGCGGCCUUUUCUAGGCCUUCCCAGGCGAUCGUGUUGAUCACACGACUAAUUAGAAAACUUUUUUAAAAUCCAAAUAUUAAGUGAAUCUGAGUACUUCAUUUUAAAGUGUACUUCUAAGCUGUCGGCUAUUUGUAUUUGGUAAUAUUGGCGCGUUGAAAACAGUUUUUGUUUUAGUGGCUGUGGCGUUAAAUUGAGGAUCCGGGCUUUCACAGAAGCCCAGAAGAAGUUCUGAAUAUCAAUGAACACGGCAUCAAAACACGCUUCCAACAUUCUUUUCUCUUUUAUUCCACCUUGAGACAUCGAUGUACAGCUUUUACUUUAAAUACGUUUGAUCAAUAGUUGGAAUGAGAACUCCAAUCAGGUAUGAAAACAAUGUCAAACCUCAAUGACUUCAUCAUUAAUCUGUAUUCAUCAUUACUGGCAUUCAUAGCAUUCUUCUUCCACACGGUGCAUUACAACAUCCGAGUUCUCACUCUUAACUCGCUUUCACAAAAUCUCCUCAGCCAAAUUCAUUAAUACAGAAUCACCCACGAGAUUUUAGCUGUGGCUGGUGUUUUCAUGUUCAGGUACAUUAUCGUGGAUAUGUUGCCAUAGUAACCUGUGCAAUCGCCUCAUCACUUUCCCCUUUACGACAAUCACUUCUAUGUUAUUACGUCUGUCCCAGCAGUUUCUGCAUUUUAUGUGUAUUCAUCAUUUAUUCCUUUGAAGGAAGGAGAUUGUCUUACAGCUUUUGGGUUCAGAAUUAUUGUGUAUGUGUUUUUGUAUUUGUGUCUGUACUCCGCUAACUGCACAUCAAUCAGCUUCUGUCUUAACACGGACUAAAACUUUGUGUUUUGUAUGUUUUUUUUCUAAAAUAUUUAAAUGUGUUGUGAACAUAUUUGCGUGUUGCAUACUAAGUGUACUUAAAGUACUUUUGGGAAGGUUUUUAACCGGUUUUAGAACAUACUAACCAGAUUUUCUGAGAAGAUUAGAUCGCCUCUCGUUUAACGAUUCAGAAUGCGCAUCCGCAGCGACGUGAAUGAUAACGGGAAUGUAAAGAGGUCAACAAUUAAAAAAUAUAUAUAUAUAUAUGUCACUUGUAAUAUUCUGGGGUUUAAAACCCACGCUGACUGUUGUGAAAUGACCCUUGUACAUGUAGUUUCAUUAAAAUGAGUGCAUGAUGUUUUUAGGCCGGGUUUUAUAAUCUGUCUGCCCUAAUAAGGAGCAUUGUUAUCAAUUUUAUAGUGCAUUGCAGUGCAUGAAGAAGUUGCUUAAGUGCAUUUUAUUAAAUGCUGAAUGAAAAAUGUUAAUUUAAAUGUUGUGACUUUAAAAUAUUAACCAUGAGGAGAUUGGAUCAUAAAACCUGGGCUUUGUGGACGGCGUGUAAACGAUGGUUUAAUUUUUAUACUGUGUAAAUGUACUCUGGUUUUCUGCUCAUGUGCGAUGUUUUUCUUCAAACGUGGAGAAACAACGUUCAUGUUUUGCUCAAGUUUGUCACGACCCCACAUUUCUACCUCACACCGAUAAAGAUAUAAAACAGAUGUAAUAACGACUGAGCUCCUGUAUCGGCAUUCCAGUCUCCGAGGCCGCACGCUAUUAACGAAAUAAACAAUUAAGUAUGAAA